AUGAGUAAAAAACGAAUUCUUGAUGCGAUAAGAGGUGUCAAAGAUAUUGCUGAACUGAGAUUCGUUGCUGGUUUGGAGGAUCAUGAAAUGAAAUGCGUUAAAGAUAGAAUUGAUAAGUUGUUCGAGCAUUCCGUUUAUCAUGGCAAGUGUAAACGAAGUAUGCUACUUGUAACAGCUUACGAAGCGCUUGGAGGAGGACAAAAUGAAAAACAACUACAGUUAGUCUCCAAUAUUGCAGCAUGUCUUGAACUUCUCCAAACUUUUUUCUUAAUUGAGGAUGAUAUUAUGGAUGAAGGAGUUAGCCGAAGAGGGAAGCCAUGUUGGCAUAGGCUGGAAGAAAUAGGAAUGAAUGCAAUAAAUGAUGGGUUAUUGCUGGAUUCUAUGGUUUCUUACACUCUGCGUAAUAGUCAGAUCCCACAGCUAGUUAAAGAUGCUUUCGACGAAGCACGCCGUGUCACAGUAAUUGGGCAAAUGCUUGACUGCGAUACAAAACGCAUUGAAGAUUGCACAUGGCAGAGGUAUCGGACGAUAACCCAACGCAAAACGUCUCACUAUACAUAUUAUACUCCAUUGCAAAUUGCAGCUCUUUUAACUGCGCAGCUCUCGAUUAUCCAGCCUCUAAAACGAAUUGCUUAUCAAUUAGGUUAUCUCUUUCAGUCCAAGGACGAUUAUAUGGAUUGUUUUGUUGACGAAUCAAUAACAGGGAAAGUUGGAAGCGAUCUGAAAGAGGCUAAAUGUACUUGGGUAACUUGUAAAGCUAUGGAAAAACUAUACGAUCAGCCAAAUCUCUUGAAAGAUUUUCAGGAUAAUUUUGGAAAAUCAAGUGCUACUUCGGAACAAAAACUGAAACAAAUUUUGGCAGAUCUGCAAAUAGAAGGCGAUUUUCACUUAUUUCGUGAAAGAUACGGAACUGCUAUAAUGGAUGACAUUGAUCACUUCCCUAUGAUAGAUCUCAGACCAGUACUUCGAAAAUCAACUAUUGACUUAUUAAAUACAAACCUCUCAUGA